CAUCAAUCUUCCAACAAUACGACUGGUACUCUACUCGUUAUUAUACCAACGGUUCGAUGUUAUGGCGUGGCUAUCCUAGUGGAAGAUUCUAUGGUAUAUUCCACGCCCCCACUUAGUUCAGUACCAUUACAGUUUCUUCUGCUUGCCUACGAUGCAUCAAAUCCUGUAUCAACAUGUACAGUUCCACCUACUAUAACAAGUAUUCCACCUGAUUUUCCAGCAGAAGGUGCUACUAUCACAGUUCAAGUUAAUUUUCCCUAUAAAGCCAUGGU